AUGAGUCACUUUCCACAGACUCUAAGUUCCGGUACCCAGAGAGAAAUGCCUUUAGCCGAAGACCCCGAAUGGACAAGCGUCGAAUGGCUCACUGCUGCAUGGGAGGAGGCAGAAAACAGUAACACGUCCAACGACCAAGCGACGCUUGCGGCUACUUCGGCGGUACAUCCCACGCCAUGUGACUUCGUGGGAAUGACAGUGAUCCAGCAGCCCGGGCGCGCCAAGCAGUGCCGAUACAAAAAUGACGGCAGAUCAAAGGAGGCACCUACUAUGGAACAACCACCCGUCAUCCGCAUCCAGUGGAAUCCGGCACUUCAUCCGGAUUCUAUUGCCAGUACCCACACAUUCCUAAUGGCCAGGCUGCAACAUGCAGAUAAGGAAAGGGAUGGUGUGAAGGCAGACAAGCUCCUCGAAGGCCAGCGAGUCGGUGCCAUCCACUGGCUAACGGAUUUGGAUGGUAUGACGGGAUAUUUUGGCGUGUUCCCCAGCCUCUCGGUCAAAAUACCUGGCCGUUAUAAGCUCGAGUUCCUGCUCUAUGCCGAAUUCCCCAACCCCGUGACCGGACAAUUCGUGUUUGUGACCGUAGCUAGGGUUAUGUCUAGCCCUUUCGAAGUCAUCUCAAGGCACUUAUACGAUGGUCGAGGACUAAGCAGCCAACUGACCAGAGACAUCGCUGCGCAGGGGGUCAAGGUUAGGCUGAUGACAAGUAAGCGGAAACCCAAGUGCAAACGGCGAGAGGCGCGCUUGAAGGGUGGUGAACAGCCGGCUAGAACGAGCCGGCUUUGA